GCUAGACUUUGCAGGACAACCUCCACGACGACGCUCCCGACGCCCCUGACGUCCCCAACGACCGAGCUGUCGACAGCGCUGCCCCGCUCGUAAUGCUUUAUUCCCUCCAGCGACAUCCGAAAUAUGUUGUGCUGUUCCUUGUUCUUGCUGUGGGCUCUUUUCUCUAUUUGAGCGCGCCGUAUCCGACACACGAUUAUACUGCCAACGUCAUUGGCUUCCCUGGCGACCCAAGCUUGCCUGCGAGAGUAGAGAGGGCGGAGAAGUCGUACAAGAAGGUGGUGGCGCAACGGCAGGAUAUGAUCAAGAAACAUGGGCCUUCACCGUCGCAGGUCAUGAUGUUUCCUCCUGACCAAAAUCCAUGGCCCGCAUACACUGUCUGGGACUUCUUCCCGCCCGCGUUCAACUGCCCCCACGAACUUGAGCGUAUUGGUAGCCUCGGAGACGGCGGAAAAUGGACCUGUGGCAUCUCUCGUAUUGCACAGAAACCAGACUGUGUCAUCUACUCCUUCGGGAUGGACUGGGACUCUGCUUGGGAAGCCGCCGUGCUGGAUAACACCGAAGGCUGCACGAUAUGGGGCUAUGACCACUCCCGGAAGGACUUUGGUCGUCAAGUCUCUCACGCGUCCUUCACCAAGAAGCACCGCACACAUUUCCAAACGCAAGUUCAGCUUGGCCCAGAAGACCGCAGCGACGAGAACAACUUGCACACGCUCGAAACUGUUAUGAAGCAGAAUGGCCACACAUUCAUUGACAUCCUCAAGGUUGAUAUCGAAGGCUAUGAAUUUGACACGCUCAGGGCUAUGGUGCAACCUUACGUGGACAGUGGCAAGCUGCUACCCUUCGGCCAGCUACAUAUAGAGCUUCACGUCUGGGGCAAGAGGUUUCCGGACUUCCUGAGCUGGUGGGAACUGCUGGAAGCAGCUGGUCUGCGGCCAGUUAUGAUGGAGCCUAACCUAGUCUAUGUUAAUUACAACAGGGCGAGCGGGGCAGAACUAGCAGAGUACACAUUCCUUAACAUCAAGGGCGACAACGUCUUCGUCGCGGACCCGCCAGCAUCCGCCAGUGUCGACGACGGCACUGAACUCGACCCCAAGUUCAUCCGCCACGGCCCCCGCGAUUAAAUCGUGUCGUCCCGCGCAUUACUAUACCAUAUACCCGCGCUGCGACAGCUCCUCGGCACGCACGUAAAAGCUCUCCUGCGGGACACACGCAGCCACGUCGAGGAUGGCAGCACGCGGAGAUCAGUUGGAUGGGGUCGUUCGUGACGGUGGACACUGCGUACGGGACAGCGCGUCGCUGCUAGGCUGGAGGAGAUAGAACGAUACGACGCAUGCUAUGUUAUACAUAUUGUAAUUUCACUAGGAUUGUCGUAAUCCUUUGCAACU